AUGGGAAUCUUGAAAAAAGGUAGCUUGAACAGGGAGAGCCCUCAUGAUGCCAAAGACGAGAAAGCCAAGCGGUCUCCCAUCGGGGGCUACAGCUCUGAGGAGAUCUAUGUGUCCUCGGGGGCCGGCGACUUUGCAUCUUCAAAUCCAAGGUCUGAUUGGGAUGCUGUAUCUGCUUCUUCUUCCUCCGACUGCUUGGAGGACCAAUCGAGUUCUGGUAUUUGGGGUUUCAUUUCAAUUUUAGAAUUCGAAGAGAAAGGAGACCGCCAUCCCGGCAAAAAACCAAACAGGCCCUUUUAA